AUGACUCUGGGCGGUACUAACAUCACCGAGCCUCUCACCUGUAAGAGUAGUGACUUCUCAUUAAGCUAUAGAUUUUCUUUUCCAGGAAUCCUAGCCAUAGAUACAUCUCAUCCCAGGAAUUCUGUUCUGUAUCAUCUCACCGAACAAUUAUUACAGAAAUAUCACAAGGAAGUGAGACCAGUUCAAGACUGGAUGGAGGCUACGACUGUAUACCUGGACGUAGUUGUUCAUGCUGUAUUGGAUGUGGAUGUACAGAAUCAAAAAUUAAAGACAAGCAUAUGGUACUGUGAGGUUUGGGAUGAUGAAUUUUUAUCCUGGAAUUCCAGAAUGUUUGAUGAUAUUAGAGAGAUAUCCCUACCUCUAAGUGCCAUUUGGGCCCCUGAUAUCAUCAUUAAUGAAUUCAUGAACAUUGAAAGAUUACCUGACCUUCCUUAUGUUUAUGUGAGCUCAUCUAGGACCAUUAAGAACUCCAAGUUCAUCCAGGUGGUCUCUGCAUGCAGUUUAGAGACAUAUGCUUUUCCAUUUGAUAUCCAGAAUGGCAGCCUAACCUUCAAUAGCAUUCUACACACAGAUAAACUGUGAGAGUUUUCAGUGGAAAAUGUAGACUUAGCCUUCUUGAGGAGCAGAGAAGACAUUAAGCAUGACAAAAAGUCAUUGUUGAAUGAUAGUGUGUGGGAGCUUUUUUCUGUGUCCUCAACAUACAACAUCCUGCAGAGCAGCGGUGGACAUUUUUCACUGAUUCAGUUUCACGUAAUGAUUCGCAGACACCUGCUGGUCUACCUCAUGAGCCUGCUGAUUCCCAGCAUCUUCUUCAUGCUCGUGGACCUGCGCUUCUACCUACCCACAACUUGCCGUGCCAGGAUUGUGUUCGAGACCAGCAUACUGGUGGGCUACACUGUCUUCAGGGUCAACAUGUCCGACAAGAUGCCACAGAGCGCAACAAGCGCCCCUCUAAUUGGGGUCUUCACAGUCUGUAUGGCCUUCUUGGUUCUCAGCUUAUCUAUGUCCAUCUUGUUGGUCAAAUUUCUUCACGACCAGCGGUACAGUUGGCAGGAGUGGCCCCUCUUGUGCCUUCGAGACACUGAUGCUGAUUGGCCUAGAAUGGAUCCCAAGGCCCAGCUUGCUGGGAUGACAGAGUCCCCUGUCUGUUGAGACCACCAGGCUCAGUAAGGCACCCUGAAUGAAGUCUUAUCCCAGCUUCAAUCUAUCAGCAACUACUUCUGAACCCAAGACCGCUGGCUGGCCCUCCUGGAACACUUUGACCACCUGCUCUUUCGAGGCUACCUUGUCAUGCUGGGACUCUACACCAUCACCCUGUGCUCCCUCUGGGUGCUUGGAGUGGCUUGUGAAGAUCAAAGUCGGCUGGUCUCAGUCAAUGUGCUCUCACAGCACUUGGGGAAAUCUGAAAUUGGAGGGGAGAAACAGUGGGUUUAA